CAGUUGGAAACAGGAGGAUCGUGAGUGUCCCGGAGCAGAGAGACACCCACACUGAGUCUCACAGUGGACUGACUUCUUUCCUCGGACAUAAACGGGACUUGUCUCCUCUCUCUUCGGUCAGGAUGGACUCAGACUCCGCCGUCCAGUGUAAACUCGUGGUUGUGGGAGACAGUCAGUGCGGGAAAAGCGCGCUGCUGAGCGUGUUCGCCAAAGACAGUUUUCCUGAGUGCUACGUGCCCACGGUGUUUGAAAACUACUCGGCCAGCUUUGACCUGGACCUGCAGAGAGUGGAGCUCCGGCUGUGGGACACCUCAGGUUCUUCUUACUAUGACAACGUGCGUCCCCUAUCCUACCCGGAUGCUGACGCAGUCCUCAUCUGCUUUGACAUCAGCAGACCAGAGACAUUAGACAACGUGCUUAAGAAGUGGAGAGGAGAGAUUGAGGAGUUCUGCCCCAACACCAAGAUGCUGCUGGUAGGCUGUAAGUCAGACCUCAGAGCAGACCUCUUUACCAGGUCUCACAGCAGACACACUCCAGUAUCAUAUGACCAGGGCUCCAACACAGCCAAGCAGCUGAGCACCCCCUACCUGGAGUGUUCCUCACUGCAGUCUGACAACAGCGUCAAGGACAUCUUCCAUGUGGCCACACUGGCGUGUGUCAACAAGAACAACAAGAACAUGAAGAGGAGGAAGUCCUCCAGAGCCACUAAGAGGAUGUCUCACAGCGGAGGAGACAUGUCCCCUGUAGCAUCAACACACUUUCAGCAGACCAAAGCUAAGAGCUGUGCUGUUAUGUAAACACAAAUACUGACACAGACACUGCCAAGGACAGAGCAUGUGGAGGGUCAGUCCUGCAGUCUCUGUGGUUCUAGAUGUCAUUUAAACUUGAAGCAGGUGUGAUGACUGAUUUCGUGCAAUGAUUGAAAAUGCCCAAUGCAGACUUUAUGGAGACAGGACUGGGAAAGUACAUAGUUCAUGUGUAAAUAGUGUUUCAAUGUGCCAUCACCUGCAACUACAGAGAGCUGCCGUGGAGACAACACUAAGUAUCUUACUAAAGUGUGUCCACUAGAACAUCCUCAGCGCUCCUCGUCACAGUGGAGGAUGAACAGCAUUCUUCCAAGAUGUAUUCCUUCAUUAAAAGAUGGUCUGACAUGCUGUAGGUUUAGCCUAUUCAGAUUGACAUUAUUUUGAUACUCGUGAAACCAUUCAAUGAGCUCUUGGGUCCUGUAGCUGAGGACAGUUUCUCUUUUGGGUACCUAGGGUACACUCAGUAGAUAUAAAGACAGUUUUCCCUGAACUAGAUCCAGAUGAUCCCACUUCAACACCAGUUAGAGGUAGAGUGGUAUGCACUUAUUCAGGAUCUUCAAAUCUUUCAAUCUUAGAAAGGUAAGUCAUCAGGAGAUGACAUAGUCCCCUGGCAAACCCAAACCAUCAAAAGCCACCAUUUCAAAAAUACGUUUCAUGAAGAGAUACCAAAUGAUUUUGAUGAUUCUGCUGUGGAAACUGAAGAACUACCGACUGAAAGACUGACUGGGGGGACAAUGAACACUUUGGAUAUCUGUGACUCUGUUUUGUUGGCACUCCUUUUUACCUUUUUGUUGUGGUGUAUAACCUGUUCAGCCAGACGAGUUGACAUAUCCUACUAGGAUUCCUCUGAGGGUUGAGAGGCAGGAAGGUGAGGUAGAAUGAUUAAAGGAUACUUUCUUUGAUGUUGGGAUAUCAAAGUCUUGCAUGUGAUGAUAUAAUAUGUAAUGUUUCUGGUGACUUUUUGUGUACCACUAAUCUUUGUUAAAAAUGUUUUGUAUUGCCAAGAUAAAUUUAGUUUAUAAAAA